AUGAAGGGUGUCCUCGAACUUCUCGCGCUCUCCUUGUUCGCCCCGGGCAUCGCCCUUGCCCGCCCACAAUGCAAAACCUCCCCCAUGGACACUUCCUGGCCGUCUCUCGACGAAUGGCGCUCCCUGAACGCAUCUAUCGACGGCACCCUCAUCCGAACCGCGCCAGCAGCUUCCGCAUGCUACCCUGGAAAUCCCUUUAAUGUAUCUAACUCGUGCGACGAUGUGCGCAAGAACUGGGUCUAUGAGGAGUACCAGGCUGCACUGCCGGAGGGCAUCGACUCGCCGAUGUACGCCAACAACUCGUGUCUUCCGCCUGGUGUUUCGGGGUACAGUCCGCACAAAGGAUGUGUUGUUGGUGGUUCGCCGUCGUAUAUUGUCGAGGCGGCGACUGAGCACCAGGUUGCUGUUGCCGUUGCGUGGGCGACGGAGCGUAAUAUUCGCGUUGUGGUUAAGGGGACUGGACAUGAUUAUAGCGGACGAUCAAGCGGCGCGUACGCAUUGAGUAUCUGGACGCACACCCUCCGCAACAUCGAAUACCAUCCCCAAUGGCGCCUCCCCGACGGCAACGGCACAGAAAACGCGAUUGUCACUGGCAGUGGAAACACCUGGAGCGUGCUCUACGGCUUUGCCAACCAGCACAACCGGACCGUGGUCGGUGGCGGUGACCACAGUGUUGGUCUUGGAGGAUACCUCCAAGGAGGAGGUCACGGCCCCCUCUCCAGCCAGUUCGGUCUGGGAGCCGACCAGAUCCUCCAGGCUACGGUUGUCACGACGGACGGUCGAGUGCUGACGGCCAACAACGUCCAGAACCGCGAUCUUUUCUGGGCGAUCAAGGGUGGUGGUGCUGGACAGUACGGUAUUGUCACUGAGUAUGUGCUGAAGAGUCACCCUGCGCCAUCGAGCGUGGUUACCGGUAGCUUGAGCGUGUAUGGAGCUCGCAACACCAGCGCAGACGAUGCCUGGAGCGCCGUCACCGCUGUGCUGAGCAGUAUCCCCGAUCUCAUGGACUCUCUUCCUCUCGCAGGUACCAUCACCGUCGCCGCCGGCACCUAUGGCAAGAGCAUGGUUGGCGCAAACUACACCGUCCCCGGCGCCGUGAUCGCACCCUCCUUCUACGGCUACAACAUGACAGAAACCCAACUGCACACCAUUCUCCAAUCCCUCGCAACGAAAGCCAUCGCCGCAACCAACCGUACUGGCUCCAUCAUCGCAACACCUGGCGCCAUCGAAUCUCACCCAAGCUUCCUCGCCUUCUUCAACAGCACAAACUCCUCCCCCUCGGCCACUGUAUCGUCAUCACUCAUGUCCUCCCGCCUCCUCGGCCGCGCGGAGCUCACCGACCUCCCAAUGCCCGACCUGAAGAGACACCUGCAGAACUUCGUCGAGGGCGAAAACGGCUCCAUGCUCCUCUUCGGUCUACAGGGUGGCCGCGGCCCUCGCACUGUCCCUUCUCACCUCCGCGGCGCCGUGAAUCCCGUCUGGCGAAGCAUCUACACGCACGUUCUCAGUUUCGGUGCGCCAAUCAACGCAACGGGCGUUCCUAGCGUUGAACUCCCCAAGGCUGGGAGGUGGUCUGAGGCGCACCGUGAGGCGUAUUGGAGGGUGUGGGCGCCGGAUACAGGGGCGUAUAUGAACGAGGCGAAUUCUUUUAACACGCAUUGGAAGAAGGACUUUUAUGGGGUUUAUUAUGAGGAGCUGUUGGGGAUUAAGAUGAAGUAUGAUCCGAGUGAGAGUUUGUUUGUGAGGAACGGGGUUGGGAGUGAUCGGUGGGAGUAUGAUUUAGAUACGGGGUUGCUUUGUCGGGUUGAUUGA